UAAUCGAACAAGACGUGUUUUUGUUUGCUAUGGAGGUAGCUGUUAACAUGGCAGCUAACAAAUUUGAGUUUUUGAAUUCGUUUGUCUCUCAGCGUCUGUUAGCUGUGGCUGGAGAGAUUUUUCAAGUAGUUAAGGACACUAUUAACGAGUACCAGGAAGAAAUAGAGCGCACGAAACAGGAAAACCAUUACCUGAAGAAAAUGCUAACGGAAAAAUGCAGGAGUAACGGAGCAGAUAAUGAAACCAGUCCAGCAGUUCCUCAGGAGCUACCAAACUUCAAUCAAGAACCACUGGACUCGGUUAUACAAGUUAAGGUGGAGCUUUCCACCAUGCAUCAGGAUGCUGAGCCACAGGGGCCACUAAACAAUCCAUCCUCAUCCUCGUCUCCCUCUGCAGUGACUGCAUAUCAAGAGCCAUCUUACCAUUUUUCAGAAAACACUACAAACGAGGAAGAAGUGGUCGAUGGUCUACAUAACUCAGGAGUUACAGUCAAGUUGGAGCCAUGGGACUCGCAGGUCAUCUAUUCUGAUGAUGCACCAUCUGUGAUGCAAAAUGAAAUUAUUGCUAAGAACAAUUUCGAAGGCAUGAGAGAUGAUCAAGGCACCUCCUCUUCUCAGUGUCAGGUUUCUUUGGAGAGCAUGUCUCAAGCUGAAACUCGCUUUCAGAGUCAGACUGUGGAAAGGGUUGUCUAUUGUGAGUAUUGUGGAAAGCCUUUUGGGAAUCGUGAGCAGCUCAAACAACACUUGGUUGUGCAUCAGAAAGAGAAACCGAGGCCGUAUCGCUGCGACUUGUGUGAGAAGAGCUACAGUUAUGCCCAAGUUCUUGAGAUCCACCGUAGGACUCAUACAGGAGAGAGACCCUAUCACUGUAGGUUUUGUGGAAGACGAUUCAAUCAGCAAAGUCACCUGAAGUACCAUGAGAGAAUUCACACAGGCGAAAGGCCUUUUGGCUGUUCACUUUGUGGAAAAAGGUUCAUUCAGAGAAGUCAAGUGAAGAAGCACAACUGUAAACGUCAGGUUAUUCUCCAGUAAUUAUAUAUGUGUAAAUAUUGCAAGGAGAAGUUGGAUUGUAGUGUUUCACAUGUUCAUCGAGUGAUGUAUUGAUUCUGUCACAUGUCCAUGUAGUAAACCAUCUGAUUUGUGUGGCAGUAGUGGUCCUGUUAUAGAAGGAGAUGCUGAGAUUUAGAUACAACUAAAUUUGGGUAAAAACAAAGUAUAUAAACUGAUCAGGCAGAAUACUAUGACCACCUCCUUGUUUCUACGCUCAUUGUCCAUUUUAUCAGCUCCACUUACUAAA